UAAAAAGUUGAUUAGAGAGGGUGUUUUGGAGAUUCCCAAUUUUGAGAUGGGGUCACCUAGUCACAAUAUUUCCAAUCGUGUCUCACUGGGUAACUGUGAUAAUGAAUCAGGUAAAUUAAAGAUUGAUUUGGAUGAUUUACUUGUUGAAGGCCUCCAGAAAGACUGGAGCAAGAAAGUUAAACGACAAAAGAAGAAAGACAAGCGUCGAGAGAAACAGAAGAGGAGAUCAACCGACGGACCAGCAGAAAAUCGUUUCUAAGAUAAGAAGAAUAAUUCGACUGGUGCGAAGACAAGAAGGCAUGAAUAAGAAGAUAAUAAAAAUGAUGAGAGAAAUCAUUAAUUGUAUUGAGUUGGUUAAUGUUGAUUUAGAGUUACAGUCUCUGGCAAAUGGAAUCGAGGCCUUGAGAUUGCAAACCUCUGUUGCAAGACCAGAAAACCCUUAAAAGGUAACAAUGAGAUAUAUGAUUUGUUAGACAUCAACUCUAAAGGGCAGUAAUAAGAAACGUAUGAUGUUAACAUUUGCUCAACAGUUGAGACUGUCACGUACGCCAGUUGAGACUGUCACGUACGCCAGUUGAGACUGUCACGUAUGCUUGCUUUUUGCUAAGAUAACAAUGAGUGUGCAAGGAAAUGCAUCUUGCAAUCUGGAUUGCAGGAUGGACUUUCUUUCUAAAAGUUGUAUUGUAAUGUGUUUAAUCUGAUUAACACAGGGAGGAGGAUGCUGUGCAGUUUAGCAAUAGUUACUUACUUAGCCUACGCCUUAAGAUUUUGUAACAGCUUAAAGAAAAGAUUAAUUUGCUUUAAUGGAAAGAAGAUAGAGCAGCAAUUACUUAAUGUAUGUGUGCAGAAGAGGGGUUGCCAAAUAAGGAGAUGUUAACUUCCUGUAUCCAUAGCAACCUGACUGUUAGUGUGUGCGUGCAAGCGGAUGUGUUAAUGUGUUUUACCAAAAGGAGGCAUCCGGAAGAAAUGAUGUAUUGUUUUUGGGGACUAUAUAAUGUUAUGGUUUGGACACAUCCCCUGCCGCAUCUCGGGGUGAAGACUUACGCUUUUACUUUUGUUUUUUACUUGUUAAUAUUUUGCUUAUGAGUUAGUGUUUAAAAUAAAGCGAAGCCAUGUACAAUGGUGAUGCGUAAAAACCUUUAAACAAGUCUCUGAGUAAUUUAUUACGAGUAAAGUUAUUAUUCUAGUUUGUUCCUGAUUCUGUAUUGCCAAGCUCUGCAGAGGCAAAGACUCAACUGAGCUGAUCUGGUUCUGGUGGGAAGAAGUGCAGAACUCUCCAUUGCCACAGAGAAGACAUCAAAGGAAAUGAAGAGAGCAGAGUCACUCGAGAGCCUCUCAGAAGAGCUGGGGGAGGCCAAAGAAAUCAUCGAGAGGAUGAAGAAACAACGGCGCAUCUGCAAAUGGAUGAGUAUAAUACUGUGGAUGUUAAUAAUUCUAGGAUUAUUAUUAUUAAUAUUAAUUAGAGUGAGCUUUGUUCUAGAGUGGAGAAUUUUUACUAAUUCUUUGAUAUUAGCUGAGAUUUUAGUUCAACAACAAAAUGUUUCAGGAUUUGAAGUUUCUGUAUGGGCAACUGUUAAAGGAAACAGAACUAAAAUAGAGAACAAAACAAUAGGUUUUUGGAGAUGGCUAGAUAAUCUCCAUGACAAGAAGAAUGAUUACUACAUGGUUAGAAAACCAAAGGUCAAACUAAAGAGCACUGUAAAAAUAAAACAUUGGCACAGUAGUGACAUUGAAGUAUAUGAAGAAAAUAGUUUUAUCCAAAAACAAGAAGGGAAUAGGACUAUUAAAUAUUUUAUAGGUUCUACCUAUAGAACAAGUGAAAAUGAGGAACUAGGGGGAUGUUGGAUAUUUAGAUCAGCAAAAGAUUUUAACCCCUGGACAAUAAGACAGUGUAAAUAUAAAGGUACUGUUAAAAGAAGUAAGAGAGAUAAAAAUAUGGAUAAAAUAAAAAGUGCAGCAGGAAUAAGGGAAAAUGUUGAAAAAUGGAUAGAAACCAAUGGUAUGUUAUUUAAAGAAGGAAAUUUCAUUGUGUUAACGACAGUAAGAGACCGAUCAGUAGGAUCAAGAAAAACAGGAUAUGCAGAACUAGAAAUUACAUCUGAAACCAGAAUUAGUUUAGAGUUAAAUAAAACCGUACCAUGGAUAUGGAAAAGGAGAUUAGCUUUACCUAGAGUAAAAUUUAAUUUCAAAAUAGGUUACUGGGAAAUAGAUGAAGUUAAAUGGGAAACUGAUGUAUAUCUAAUCCAAAUGGAAAUAAAAGAAACAUUACAAACAGAAAUAGAAAUUAAAAACUAUUAUGAAGAUAAGGUGAAACAAAUAGAACAAUGUGUUAGAAAAGAAAUGGGUAAAAAAUACCAUGGACAAAAAUACAAAUACAUUAAGACUGAUAGUGUUGAUUUUUCCUAUGCUCACUUUUGUGACAAAGAUGAAGAGAAUAUGGACUGUGAUGAUUUCUGUAAUGGUACAGAUCCAAUCACAGGGAAUAAAACAAAUGAGAACUUAAGUAUAAAGAGAAGGUUAUACUUAAAAAGAUUAAACCUUAAUCGAAGGAAAGACAAAGAAGGUAUUUAUAGAAACAAUUUAGUUUUCUUUAGUGAUGCUGUUUUUGGAUUAUUAGGAAAUGAGUGUGGGAGUAUAAUUGAAAAAUGCUCAUCAGGACAUGAUCAAAUUACUAUUAAUCAAAUAGCAUCAGUGUUAUGUUAUUGGAGUAAGGGGAUAGUUCCCUUACCUUGGACUUUUAAGAGAAGUAAACUGGCUAACAAAUAUGAAAUGACUUAUGGAACUGGAGGGGUAAUAAGAAUCGUUAGUAGGAACCCUCAGUGGAAAAUGUUUUAUGGACCAGUAUAUUAUGCAACAAAUAGCAUGUUAAGGUAUAGAGUUCCAAAAGGAGGGAAGAAUGUACCCUUAACUAAAUUAGAUGCUAUAGCAAUUGAUGAUUUGUCACUAACAAUUGAAAGAAGAAAUUGGAAGGAAAAUUGGUGCAAAGCAAAAGAUAAAAAUUAUUAUCUGGGUUUAGACUGGUUGAGAAAUGAUCUAUGUAAUACUAGCAUAGAAAUCAAAGGUCAGAAAAUAAAAGGAGGACCAAGAUGGUUUGAAGAUCCUGGAGAAUUUGUGAAAAAAGGAGUGGAAGGUGUGAAAAAGGCAGCUGAAACUGUGUUUAAUUUUGUUACAACGGAUUUAUGGAGUAGUCUAAUUAAUCUCUUUAUUAGAGCCGGAUGGUACAUUUUAUAUGGGGGAUUAAUUGUAUUAGGACUAGUUAUAAUAAUGGUUAUUAUAAAAUGUUUCUGUGCAUCUCUAGGCCAAAGAAUGAUGUCCAGAAAAGACAAUGGAGAUGUAUUAACGGUAUUAGGAAAAUUAAUAGAUUUUCAAGAUAAAGGGCAUAAACGUAUUAAACGAACAAAGAAGCAUGACUUAGAAAAACCGUUAUUGUAGAGAAACGUGGCAUACCUUAAAAGGAGCAAAAAGGAUAGCCGUUAAGAUAAUGAAGAGAAAGGAAGUAGGUGGAGUAAAAACAUAUAUAUAUAUUGUAUAGGGAACGACUGAGACAGCUACAACUAUCCGUAGUUUCACUUGUAACUGGACAAGACUAACUGGAUAUUUGGGUAAUUUCUAUUUGGGAAUAGAAAACUCAUUGAAAUUUAUUGAAACCAAUUACGAUACGUAAGUCCAACAGAAGAUCUCAAUUGUUAAAGAUAAAAAUGGCAUCCAAGGGGACAAACAAUGGAACCGCAAGGAAUGAGAAUAAGACAGAGGCCGGUGGAUUUCUGAUUCCUGAAAUCCCUGGUACUGGAUUCCAGGUUGGUGUUUAUAUUUUAUGGAUGCUUUUGCAAGGAAUUAACAGAAAUCUCUGGUGGCUGUAUUUUUUAUCAGUUUUACAAGUGGUAAGAAUAAUGUUAAUAGGAAGAAUUAGCAAAAUGAUUUUUGUUUGUGCUCUGAUGAUUUUAUCAAUUGGAUGGCAAAAAUUGCUAGGACAUCAGGGAACAUUUGGUUUAACUGUAACAAGCAUAUUAAAACUUGGGAUUGAUGUUACAUCUGUUAUGAUACAUGAAGAUGAGUUUGUCUUUUGGGGAGAAAUAUGUAUUAUCAUAACUAGUGCAAUAUAUCUAAUUGGAUUGUUGAUAUUUAAAUAUGGUAAAGAGGCAAUGUUAUGGACAAUUAUAGGAUUUUUGACAUUGAGUGGUUUUAUGUUAGGAUUUUUUCUGAAAGAUGAUGAUAUUGUGCUACUGGGAAUUAUGAUUUUGAUGAACCGGUGGGACAAGAUGAAAAAGGCAUUGAAAAAGUGUACAACAUGUUUCAAGCAAACUACCACAAUAAAUUCAGAAUAAUUAACUACCUAUAAUUAAAAUUUAAAAAAAAAAAAAAAAAAAAAAAAAAACUGUUUGAAAAGAUCUAAAUUCAUUACAUGGGUAUGGUGAUUUGAAAGUACAGAGUGGUUUAUGUAUUAGUGUUAUGAUUGGCAUGAAUCUCUUCCAGGGCCCAGCAGUGAUGAUCCAGGAGCCCGGUGGCCCACUGAGUGGGAUGAGCUUCAGACAGUUCCUAGAUCUGGCGAAAAGCUGGCCGAGAACUGCAGAGAGGCUUUAGGUUCUGCAGGAGAAUCCUAAGGGUUUUUGUGGAAAGAGAUGGAAUUGACAAGUGCCUAAUGCAUGAACUGCCUAGAAAUCAAGAUCCGUAUUCUGUAAUGGAAAUGGGAGAAUUGAUAGAAGUAACAUUGAUUAGAAACAGGAGGAAUGUUUUUGAUGUGUUCAUUGAGAAAAUGUAUAGAAGUGUAAGAGUUGGGAACAUUUUGGUGAAAUGUGUUGAAGAUAGAAUUCCAGUGAAGAGUACUAGGACGAGAGGAAAUCUUUGUGACAAUUUGACCCCAAGUGAGGGUGUUUUGGAGAUUCCCAAUUUUGAGAUGGGGUCACCUAGUCACAAUAUUUCCAAUCGUGUCUCACUGGGUAACUGUGAUAAUGAAUCAGGUAAAUUAAAGAUUGAUUUGGAUGAUUUACUUGUUGAAGGCCUCCAGAAAGACUGGAGCAAGAAAGUUAAACGACAAAAGAAGAAAGACAAGCGUCGAGAGAAACAGAAGAGGAGAUCAACCGACGGACCAGCAGAAAAUCGUUUCUAAGAUAAGAAGAAUAAUUCGACUGGUGCGAAGACAAGAAGGCAUGAAUAAGAAGAUAAUAAAAAUGAUGAGAGAAAUCAUUAAUUGUAUUGAGUUGGUUAAUGUUGAUUUAGAGUUACAGUCUCUGGCAAAUGGAAUCGAGGCCUUGAGAUUGCAAACCUCUGUUGCAAGACCAGAAAACCCUUAAAAGGUAACAAUGAGAUAUAUGAUUUGUUAGACAUCAACUCUAAAGGGCAGUAAUAAGAAACGUAUGAUGUUAACAUUUGCUCAACAGUUGAGACUGUCACGUACGCCAGUUGAGACUGUCACGUAUGCUUGCUUUUUGCUAAGAUAACAAUGAGUGUGCAAGGAAAUGCAUCUUGCAAUCUGGAUUGCAGGAUGGACUUUCUUUCUAAAAGUUGUAUUGUAAUGUGUUUAAUCUGAUUAACACAGGGAGGAGGAUGCUGUGCAGUUUAGCAAUAGUUACUUACUUAGCCUACGCCUUAAGAUUUUGUAACAGCUUAAAGAAAAGAUUAAUUUGCUUUAAUGGAAAGAAGAUAGAGCAGCAAUUACUUAAUGUAUGUGUGCAGAAGAGGGGUUGCCAAAUAAGGAGAUGUUAACUUCCUGUAUCCAUAGCAACCUGACUGUUAGUGUGUGCGUGCAAGCGGAUGUGUUAAUGUGUUUUACCAAAAGGAGGCAUCCGGAAGAAAUGAUGUAUUGUUUUUGGGGACUAUAUAAUGUUAUGGUUUGGACACAUCCCCUGCCGCAUCUCGGGGUGAAGACUUACGCUUUUACUUUUGUUUUUUACUUGUUAAUAUUUUGCUUAUGAGUUAGUGUUUAAAAUAAAGCGAAGCCAUGUACAAUGGUGAUGCGUAAAAACCUUUAAA